CGAGAUCACAUUGCAGAGUCCAGCGCUGAGCAUUGCAUUUGGCUAUGAUUCUUUCAAUAAAUGGUUAACUUUAUUCAUUUGUUUGGGUGAGCGUUGGAGGCUUUAAAAGCCCAUGCUCUAACGAAACAGAAAAGUUAAAUAUAAAAAAAGGAGGAAUGAAUUACAGAGUGUGUAUUGUUUACAUGAUCAAAUGAUAUUUUGAGGAUGAGGAUGCUGACACAACAGAUAAAAAGAUACAGACUGCAAAAGGAUGUGGCUAGACAUUAAGAAAAAAAAAAGAUUACUGCUUCAUAAAAAGGAUCAACUUGACUCCCAAAGAAGACGAGUCAGUUGUCUUGCUGGCAUCAUGCAUGCUCUGCACAGAUUUCUGCUUUUUCAUCUUCUGACAUGUCUCGGACAACAUGCACAUGGGAGCGACAUCAUAAAUGGAGAAAAGGCUGCGGAGGGGUCAAUGCGUUAUAUGGUCUCAGUGCAGAACAGACAUAAUCAUCAUGUUUGUGGAGGAUUCCUGAUCCGUGAAGACUUUGUGGUUACUGCUGCACACUGUGACGCACCGAAUCUUACACAUGUUGUUGUCGGCACCCACAAUCUCAAGAAUGCUAAUGGAAAAAAACUAUCCAUCAAAGAGAGACACAAGGAACCAUCUUAUACAACUGUAGGAAAUGGUUAUGACAUCAUGCUCCUCAAACUGUCAAAGAAGGCUAAACUGGACAACAGCAUAAGAACAAUUCCACUUCCAAGUCCUACAGAAAACAUAAAAGAUGGUACACUGUGCAAAGUAGCUGGAUGGGGUUCAACAAGUACUGGUGGUGCAGUUGUUGAUGAGCUGAGAGUGGUGGAUGUGUCGAUCAUUAAACAACGAGUCUGUGAGAAGAUGUGGGGCAAUAAUCUUCCUGCCUAUGUCAUCUGUGCAGGUGGAUAUGGAACAAGCAAAGGAUUCUGUCAGGGUGAUUCUGGUGGUCCUCUGGUCUGCAACGGGAAGGCUGUUGGUGUCGUGGCUAACAACAAGGAAAAAAACUGUAACUACCCACAUGUACCAAAUGUCUACACUGAUACAUCUAAAUACAUUACCUGGAUCAACGGAAUCAUUAACCGUCCUGAGAACAAACCGUAGGAGCAUACAUCCUGCACAGAGUUUUGCUUUAGCAUACAAUUUUAUUUUUUUUUGUUAAUUGCUCUGUUAAUGUGACCACAAUUCAUUAUAAAAGUACAACACAAAUGUACCUAACAGCUAUACAGACAUCUCAAAGCUCCUGUUCUGGAUCAACAAGACUCCAAAGGAAAAUAAUUGUUGAAUGUAAUAAUUCUACACAGGGGCCUCCAGGGGCCACUGCCCCUGUGAAGAAGCCUUUGGCCCCUGCUGUGGCCCCUGUGUCAAAUUAAUAAUAAAAUGAUCAAAUUAUAACGAUGAACGAUGGAACAAUUCCUAACUAUUUUUUGUUCAAACAAUAUUUCAUUGCUCACAAAAGGGACCCAUAAUGUGUACAUUGUAUAGUAGUUUAAUUGUGCAAUAAAAGCUAAAUAUAAAGAUCAUUCUCUCUGUACUGUACUUUCAAAAUAAAAUAAAAAGUAAUUGUGCACAAAAAUGAGAAAUGUCAUUGUCGUACAAAAAUAACUGUUAAUGUUGGUUAGUCUCAUUGUUUCAAUCAAUGUAGUUCUUCCAAAUAAGAGACUUUUAGCUAAAAUAAAGGUUUUGAAUGCUUAAAUAUCAUUUUUGACGAUUUUUAAUGUGUCCCUCUGAUUAAACACUGGCCCCUCCUUGGCCCCCAGAGUAAAACUGGUCUAGAACCGCCACUGGAAGUUGUGUAUAUUAAGUGUUUGCUCUUUAACUGACAGGCAAAAUAAAAAAAGAUAUCACAAA